CCACAUUGGCCCUGUCAGUAAUCUAUCCUUGCCAAAGAGACAAACAAAAAAUGCUAUUUCUAAUGCUUGAUCCUAUUUGUUUGUAACCGUAGGCUUUGUUAGGUUGGUGAAUGGCACUAGCAGUUGUUCAGGACGUGUGGAGGUCCUUCAUAAUGGAACAUGGGGGACAGUGUGUGAUAAUAGCUGGGAUCUAUCAGACGCUGCAGUGGUGUGUAGAGAAGUGGGCUGUGCAGAUGCUCGAGAGGCAAAGAUUGGUGCUUUUUUUGGUGAAGGUUCUGGACAAAUAUGGAUGGAUGCCACACAAUGUACUGGACGUGAGACUUCACUGGAGAGCUGUAACUCAACAGAACCAGACAUAGAGAACUGUACACAUUCAGAAGAUGCUGGAGUCAUCUGUUACCCUCCUGUUAGGUUGAUGAAUGGCAUUAACUCAUGUUCUGGACGAGUGGAGGUUCUUCAUAAUGGUCAGUGGGGAACAGUGUGUAAAGAUUUCUGGGACUCUACUGAUGCUGCAGUGGUGUGUAAAGAGAUUGGAUGUCCGACCGGUGGUGAAGUGAAAAGCUUUACUUACUUUGGACCUGGUGGGGGAGCAUUAUGGAUGGAUGAUGUUCAAUGUACAGGGACUGAAUUGUCACUAACAGACUGCACAUUUCGUGGAUGGGGAACACACAACUGUGAUCAUUCAUUUGAUGCUGGAGUCAUUUGUCGAGGUAGGAGAUGAUACAGUGUUUUUUCCUUUGCCAGUC